AUGAAUGUGUUUAACCCCCUUUAUCAAGAACUGUUAAAGAGAUAUGGCGCUGACCUUUGGGGGGCCCCAGAGAUUAAAUCCGCACCACCAGGGCUGAAGAAGAUCCUGAGGCAUUGCCAGGUGAUGGAGGCCAUGGCCAGCUCUUCAGAACCCUACCCAGUAUCCUUACACCAGGCUAUAGAGCUCAUGGUGGAGCCUCUGGGCCCAGAGUACACCAGCCUCCCUGAGGGAUUAAGGUUUAUUGCUGGGUUUUCAAAGAUGGCUAGCCCAAUGAAUCGGCUGGUGACCAAACUUCUUCCAUCUGGUAGGAAGGGUAAAACCCCCAAGAAGCCUGUUGCUGGGUUCUGGGAUACGGAGUACUUUCAGAAACCAUUUACAUUGGACGUAGAUGCAAGCCAUGGGGGUUUGGGCGCAGUCCUGUCUCAAGAGCAUGAGGAUGGGGACGGGGAGGUUGAGCAGUUGGUGUUACCUCAGUGUUUACAGGAGCAGGUUCUUCGCCGUCUACAUGAUGAGCACGGGCAUCAAGGGGUAGAACGAACUUUCCAGUUGGUUCGCGCUAGAUGUUACUGGCCAAAUAUGUACAGUGAUGUAGAGAAUUGGUGUAGGAGCUGUGAGCGGUGUGUACUUUCAAAGGCCCUCCAACCUAAGGUGAAGACCUAUAUGGGCUCAGUCAAAGCAUCUCGGCCACAUGAAGUUUUGGCCAUAGAUUUUACUGUAUUGGAGCCUUCCACGGAUGGGAAAGAAAAUGUUUUGGUUAUGACCGAUGUUUUUUCAAAAUUUACUCAAACCGUGGCAACUAAAGAUCAGAGAGCAAGCACAGUUGCUGAGGUUUUGGUAAAACAUUGGUUUCAGCCAUUUGGCCCUCCGGGUCGUAUUCACUCAGAUCAGGGCAGAAGUUUUGAAAGUAGUCUUGUCCAGCAGCUCUGUAAAAUGUAUAAUAUUGAGAAGAGCCGCACAACUCCUUAUCACCCCCAAGGUAAUGGCCAGUGUGAGCGGUUUAACCGCACACUACAUGACCUAUUGCGAACCCUUUCUCCUGAGCAAAAGCGUAGGUGGCCUCGUCAUUUAUCUCAGGUAACUUAUGCCUAUAACACCACAGUGCACCAGUCCACUGGCAGGACCCCAUAUUUUUUAAUGUUUGGCAGGGAUCCGAAGUUGCCUGUAGAUUUUUUAGUGAGAGAGGAACCUGAGUCGGAUAUCCCCCUCGAAGAGUGGGUGGAGGAACACCAAAAGUCAUUAUCAUCCGCUUAUGAGUCUGUGCAGAAGAGACUGGAGAGUAAAAGAGCAGAGAAGAGGCAGAGGGAACAGGGCCAGGCUAUGGCAUCAGAGUUUGAGGAGGGCGACCUGGUUUUUACCAGGAAUCAUUCAGUCAGAGGGAGGAACAAAAUUCAGGAUUUUUGGGAUUCUACCCUUUACCAAGUAGUUCGGCCUCCACCUGCAACGGGUGUAGUUUACUCUGUAGCCCCUGUGGGCCAGGAGGGCCCUCUGCGCCAGUUACACAGAACAGAGCUUAGGGGUGUGCCCAAGAGUAGGGAGGAUAACACUCCUCCCAGUGUCUGUACAGAAAGGGAACAGAACGAGUUAAGUGAGGACGAUGCUGUUCAUGUUUCUGAGGUAGUAGAUUCUGUACCAGGGUUGCUUAAUGAUGUAAAUGGUUCACUUCUAAGUGACAAGGUGUCUGAUGUUGAACAGCUUCCAGGUCCGGGUCCCAAGGAAACUGACACCCCCAUGGUCUCUGGACUUCGGAGAUCGCCUCUAUUGGGGACGGCUUACACCAAUGCCUUCACCCUCCUCUUCAUCAACAGGACCUUUGAAAUGCGUUUGUCCGUUGUCUUUGUGAGAAAAGAUGGUCGCUGUUUCUGGAGAAGGACCAACCUGAUGUCAACAGCUGAGUCUGUGGGCUUCUGUUUGUUUAUCAUCAACAUAGCAUGGAGCGGCUGGGGCCCCGGGGCCCCACAGGGUUCUGCUCGGACCCAUGAAGGAAUCAACCUGCUCUUUCCCCCGGGCCUGGCAUCAUGA